GGCUCGGCGCGCUCUCAGUCGCGCGCGGUCACGGCGUGCGAGCGCGCGCAUCUCGACACGUGCAUGGCGCGCCGAUCCGCAUGCCUCGCGCCCUCGGGGAAUGGCUUCGUCCGAGGCGGAUGCGACUACCGCGUCGAUCCUUGAAGUCGAAGUCGAAGAUGACUGCCUCAGUGUUCGAAAAUGGUGGUGUUUUCUGCUCUCGUCGAUCUUCACGUUCCUCGCGGGGUUGCUCAUCGUGGUGCUAUGGCGGGCCUGUGCGUUCGUCUGCUGCCGGAAGGAGCCGGAGCUGGCCCCGAACGACCCGAAGCAGAAGGAGCAGAAGGCGGCGCGGCAGGGCAAGCAGGAGUUCGAGGGCACCUUCAUGACCGAGGCCAAGGACUGGGCCGGCGAGCUCAUCUCCGGACAGACCACCACCGGACGAAUACUGGUAGUGUUGGUGUUCAUUCUGAGUAUAGCAUCGCUCAUCAUCUACUUCAUUGACGCAUCAAGUGAAGAGGUGGAGCGGUGCCAGAAAUGGAGUGACAAUAUUACUCAGCAGAUCGACCUUGCCUUUAACAUAUUUUUUAUGGUCUACUUUUUUAUACGAUUUAUAGCAGCUAGUGACAAACUGUGGUUCAUGCUCGAGAUGUAUUCAUUUGUAGAUUAUUUCACGAUACCACCAUCCUUUGUAUCAAUAUACCUGGAUAGAACGUGGAUAGGGCUAAGGUUUCUAAGAGCUCUACGCUUAAUGACCGUGCCUGAUAUUUUGCAGUACCUCAAUAUAUUAAAGACAUCGAGCUCGAUUCGAUUGGCGCAAUUGGUUUCUAUAUUUAUAUCAGUGUGGUUAACAGCAGCCGGAAUUAUUCAUUUGCUGGAAAACUCCGGUGAUCCAUUGGAUUUUACCAAUUCGCAGCAAUUGUCGUACUGGACUUGCGUAUACUUUCUAAUAGUCACCAUGUCUACAGUAGGGUACGGUGAUGUGUUCUGCCACACAGUUCUUGGCAGAACCUUUUUGGUUUUUUUUCUUCUCGUCGGCUUGGCUGUGUUCGCCAGCUGGAUCCCCGAGAUCACGGAGCUGGCGGCGCAGCGCAACAAAUACGGCGGCCGGUACAACAAGGACGUCCGCCGCAGGCAUAUUGUUGUUUGCGGGCACAUAACAUACGAAUCAGUGAGCCAUUUUUUAAAAGACUUCCUACAUGAAGACAGAGAAGACGUGGACGUCGAGGUUGUUUUUUUACACAGAAAAGAGCCCGACCUUGAGCUGGAAGGUCUGCUGAAGCGUCACUACACCACCGUCGAGUUUUUUCAGGGUACAAUGAUGAAUGCUGUCGAUCUUGAACGAGUCAAGGUUCACGAAGCGGACGCUUGCCUGGUGCUGGCUAAUAAGUACUGCCAGGACCCGGACGCCGAAGACGCCGCCAACAUCAUGAGGGUCAUCUCCAUCAAGAAUUAUUCCGACGACAUAAGGGUUAUCAUUCAACUGAUGCAGUAUCAUAAUAAGGCUUACCUUCUGAACAUUCCAUCCUGGGACUGGAAGCAGGGCGACGACGUGAUCUGCCUGGCGGAGCUGAAGCUCGGCUUCAUCGCGCAGAGCUGCCUCGCGCCCGGCUUCUCCACGAUGAUGGCCAACCUCUUCGCCAUGAGGAGCUUCAAGACGUCCCCCGACACACAAGCUUGGCAGAAUGAUUACCUGCAGGGUACGGGCUGCGAGAUGUACACGGAGACUCUAUCCACCUCAUUCACUGGAAUGAGCUUCCCUUCCGCGAGCGAGUUGUGCUUCACGAAACUGAAGCUUCUGCUGCUAGCCAUCGAGAUCAAGGGAGAGGAGGGCGCGGACAGCAAGAUCUCCAUCAACCCCCGCAGUGCCAAGAUCCACGCCAACACGCAGGGAUUCUUUAUCGCGCAGUCCGCUGAUGAGGUUAAAAGGGCUUGGUUUUACUGUAAGGCUUGCCACGACGACAUCAAAGAUGAAACGCUCAUCAAGAAAUGCAAAUGCAAAAACUAUGUUGGAAUGAUGAUGAUGCAGACUGGGAUGGUGAAACAGAUUAAUUCAUAUCGGGGUUUAGACGAUGACCACCAUCCUCCCCCCACCUUCACGCCGCCAGAGUUGCCCAAGAAGGUGCAUCAUCGAGGUGAAAUUGCGAGAGAACGAGGUGAAGACAUUAGUUUAAUAAACAGAAACCAUAGAAGUGCGCCGAACGCUCUCCUGUCCCCGAACGCGAACCAGCUCAUGAACACUACGACGACGAGGCAAGUCAACAAGGUCAAGCCAAACGUAAACAGAGCUCCACCUGACACGCCAACGAGUAGGAGCAGCGGCGGUAACCAGAACAGUAACGGCGUGAGUCUGCCAGCGGGCCUGGCCGACGACCAGUCGAAGGAUUUCGACUUCGAGAAGACUGAAAUGAAAUAUGACUCCACUGGCAUGUUCCAUUGGAGCCCCGCCAAGAAUCUGGAGGAUUGUAUAUUAGACAGAAACCAAGCGGCGAUGACCGUCCUAAACGGUCACGUGGUGGUCUGCCUGUUCGCGGACCCCGACUCGCCGCUCAUCGGGCUGCGGAACCUCGUGAUGCCCCUCCGCGCCUCCAACUUCCACUACCACGAGCUGAAGCACGUGGUGAUCGUCGGGAGCGUCGACUACAUCAGAAGGGAAUGGAAGAUGUUGCAGAAUCUGCCAAAGAUUUCUGUUUUGAAUGGUUCUCCGCUAAGCCGAGCCGACUUGCGUGCAGUGAACGUGAACCUUUGCGACAUGUGCUGCAUCCUGUCCGCAAAGGUGCCGUCCAACGACGACCCGACGCUGGCCGACAAGGAAGCUAUCCUGGCUUCGUUGAACAUCAAGGCGAUGACCUUCGAUGACACGAUAGGGGUGUUAAGUGGGGGUGCGACGAAUGGGAGCGCGGCGGCGCAGCCCCCGCCGGGGGCGCCGCCCGCGCCUGUGCUGCUGCAGCGGAGAGGGUCGGUGUAUGGUGCCAAUGUGCCUAUGAUUACUGAGCUGGUGAACGACAGCAACGUGCAGUUCUUGGACCAGGACGACGACGACGAUCCUGACACGGAGCUGUACCUCACGCAGCCGUUCGCCUGCGGCACCGCCUUCGCCGUCAGCGUGCUCGACUCCCUCAUGUCCACUACGUAUUUCAACCAAAAUGCCUUAACCCUGAUCCGGUCGCUGAUCACGGGCGGCGCCACGCCCGAGCUGGAGCUGAUCCUCGCGGAAGGAGCUGGUCUCCGAGGAGGGUACUCCACGCCAGAGAGUUUAGCGAACCGGGACCGGUGUAGAGUAGGCCAGAUCUCGCUGUACGACGGGCCGCUAGCCCAGUUCGGGGAGGCUGGCAAGUACGGCGACCUGUUCGUGGCGGCGCUGCGGGCCUACGGCAUGCUCUGCAUCGGCCUCUACCGGUUUCGGGACACGUCGUCCUCGUGCGACGCGAGUAGCAAGAGAUAUGUCAUCACCAAUCCGCCGGAUGACUUCAUCUUGCUGCCUACUGAUCAGGUAUUCGUCCUCAUGCAGUUCGACCCGGGCGUGGAGUACCGGUCGUCGCGGCGCGCCGGCUCGGCCACGGGCAGCGGCGGCAAAGACGACGCCUCCUGACUGCUGCUGUGCAGCGCCCUUACCGACGGACCCUACUCCUACAUCUAAGCCUCCGGGCGAUAGGCGGUAGGGCCCGACGCCACUCCACAAGCCCCCCAAACAAUCCACUUUUGAGUUAUACUAUUUUAUCUAGGUUGCGCAAACUCUUUGGUUUUAUCUUCACGAUUCUUUCCAUUCGAAGCCAAAAUUCAAAGUUUUUGUGGUCAGACCUUUUUUAAAUUAUUAUAACUCGUACCCGAUUUUUUUCUUCUUACGUUUUAAUUAUUAUUUGGAAUUGGCUAGCUAUAUACAAGUUAUGUUACACUUCCACUGACACGGCACAGCAAUCUUCACCACAUCCUGAAUUGCACCUUUUAAAGAUUUUUAGACAAAGCCAUGUUCAGGCUCCUAUGUAUCUUUUGCACAGCACUGCCUUUCUGUCUUGUAAUUUGUUGACACAAUCUCUUUGCAACGGUACACAGAGAAAACAUUAGUGCGGGUUUCUUGGCUGUUAAAAUAAUGACACUUUAUUUCCAUCAACGAGUCUAGUAAAUUAAUAUACUUACUAAAUAAGUGUUAUAAAUAUUUUUACAGACAUGGAACUACAUAUUUGUAUUUAUCUAACAACUUAUGGCAAGAACAAAACACUUCAAGUGCUGAGUAAUAUAACUACAAACAGUUUAACCACACCAACAAUAGCGAAGUCCAAAUGACUGAAAAAUAUUUCAGCAUUUAAUGCAGUUAAACAGUUCGACACUUUUUUCAUUUUAAACACUACACAGUCCAUUUUGAAAAGUGAUGGUCGAUAUUCUAUUUUGUCUCCGGUUUUGACAAUUGAAUUAAAGUAAGUCUCUAUACUUGUGUAAGUAAAUAUAACCAUUAUUUGUAGCGAUAUAAUGCUCAAUACUCAAUGAACCUUUAAAACUUUUAAUUGCACUACCGUGUACUUUCAGACAGAAUUUAGUAUAGGUAUUGCAUGCUUUAUUUACUAUUUCUUCAAUUAGCGUAGGUUUAUUUCUUUCUUUCUCUGUAGUUUUUCUAUUUUUCUCGCAUCUUUUGACUCAUUCGGGACGCUUUUUGGGGCUAAAGUAUAACUUUUAAGCAUUUAUAUAAUCAUCGACUGAUCGAAUACUCUUUAAGCAGAACACUUCAUACAUCACACUUAUGCGUUAUAAGUUAAUCGACACUACGUUAUAGUUAUUGUUUUAGUUUAUAUAGUUUUACAUGGAUUCACAUUGAAUCCAUAAUUUAUAUUUAUAUACUUAGUUUUAAGACACAACUGUUCAAAACUUGAAGUGCACCUAUGGUAGUAGUAUGCAUACAGUUCCAUCGCUUAGCUUACGUUUUAUUUUAUCGAACUUCUAUAUACCUUCAUGUAAAAUAUCCACUAGUUAAGUUUAGUUCUUUGAUUUCGACGGCUGGAGACAGACGCGAUUUUAUAGCACACCUUUGAACUCAGCAGCGAUGGUAUCCGCAAGUGUCGGUUGCACCGGCGCUUGUUGUUGCCUUCGGCUAAGGUCACAGACGUGUAUUUCUUCUCAUCUGUUUCUCGUCGCCAAACUAUUUUCAACCUCAUCUAGCACCGCAUUUUGUUUAUUUUUUUAAUAAAUUUCUAUUGAAUGAUGGUUU